AUGUUUAAUUCAUCUAAUGAAACUCCAUUUGACUCAGGUGAUUAUUAUCAAAAUACAUUUAAAAGUACCUCAAACGAUUUGCUUACGCACAUGGGUAAUACUAAUUUUAUUGAAGAAGCAAAAUUAGCUAUUGGCGAUAUUGGCUCAUGUGUUCAAAGUUCGUCAUUAUCGACAAAAUUGAAUGAUUAUAAUCAAUCGUCUACAGUCUAUUUAAAUAUACGUUCAACGGACAAUAAAGAAUAUUGUCUUGAAUUAUCGAAACAUGGUUAUCGAGUUGUGGGAAAAAAUUUCGAUGAUAAUAAAUGUCCAUCACCAACUUAUUAUGAAUCAUUACAAGCAUUAUUUACGCAAAAAAAUCAGUCAUAUAUACAAAGUUUUGCCGAUAAUUUACGAGCAAAAUUAAAUGAAGAGUUAGAAAAUGAGAAACAAGAAGAAUUAAAAGAAAAGUGA